UCUCCCACCAGCGCCGAUGGGUAUUGGGCACCAUUCAAGAUCGCCUGUCACCACAACCAACCGCCACGUAUAAGGGAGGCUGCGUUGGACUGCCUCCAAAAACUCAUCGCCCACAACGUUCUGCGAGGUGCUCUCCCGCUGGACGCCGUCGUUGACCAGUCUCACACACGCAUUCCGACUGACGAUGGACAGGGCGUCCCUGGGACCGACAAUGAUCUCUCGCGACUGGACACUUCCUCCCCACUACCAGUGGUGACCGAUGUGCCCAGUGAUGCGUUACCGAAUGAUAGUGCUUCCAGUGGAGCGGCUCCGAGUCAGGCGGAACCUGAGCGACCAGCUCCUGCUCCUGCAGCCAACGGCACACCAGCAAUAACAGCGCGCAGCACGUCGCUGUUGGCGACGGGCGUCGGCGAUACCCCACAUUACCCGCCCAAUCCGUACCUCAUUGAUGAGAUCAUUCAUACCGUCUGCACAACAUUCAGCGGCUCUCAGGGAGACGACACUGUGCAGCUGCAAGUACUGAAAGUGUUACUGACUGCCGUCACGUCGACGGCAUGUGAGGUUCAUCAGGUGUCCCUCCUGAAAGUGAUCCAGACGUGUUUCAACAUUCACCUGAACUCCCGAGCGCCUGUGAACCAAAUGACGGCUAAAGCUUCGCUGACGCAGAUGGUGAACCUGAUCUUCUCGAGGAUGGAACGAUACGCGGACGUCCUAGCGAGGAGUUUGGAGACGGGAUCGAUGGCCGAAAUCGAGAAGUUGACGGGGCUUCAUGAUGCCGGGGCUGAGAAGACGGAGGCGUCCGAUGUCAUUGUGGAGGGUUCGUCCACCAAAGCGCGUCAACUCGCACUGGAGCUGAUUAUGUCCGUAAUGAACAACUGUGGCCCGGUUUUCCAGUCCGACGAUCUCAACUCGACCUACAAUCAGAAAAGGAUGGUCUUACAGGCUCUCCUGAAGAUCUGCGAAAACCCCCAGACACUCGCCGACUUCUACCUCAAUUACGAUUGUGACAUAUCGAUGGUCUCCCUCUUUGAGCGGAUCGUCAACGUAUGCAGCAGAGUAGCGCAAGGCCGCGACACGAGCACACCCGUUGCAGCAACGGGGAUCAUGGGCUUUGCAGUCAGCGCCGCCGGUCUAGACUCAAAGGAACAGCUCGUGAAAGCCCAGGACAGGCGGUUGAAACUUCGUGGGCUGUGCUGUCUUGUGGCAUUAGUGAACUCGCUGGCAGAAUGGAGUAAGGAUAUCGCUCCUAGUCUGCCAAUCAUUUCGAGGAUUAAGAAGAACAUCGAGGUGGCCAAAGCGAUGAAAACGGAAUUGAAAGUGGAGCCCGCCGAAAAGAAGAGCGUGGAUACCCCGCGAUCUACGACGAGCGAUGUGCCUACGAAGAGCUUCCUCGAUGCGCUCGCAGCAACGAAUCAAGCUAACCCGGUGCUGGUGUAUAAGCAUCCUUUGCAUAAUGUGUCUAUGGAGCACAAACACCUGGCACAAGCCUUCUCAACUGGAAGUGCGACCUCUCUGGCAGCGACGCCGACAGAAUGGAGUCCCGACGACAACGUCCAGAUCGAGAAUCUCGCGUCCCGCAAGCUGCAGAUGCGGAACGCCAUCAAGCAGUUCAACGUAAAGCCAACCAAAGGCGUCAAAGCACUUAUCCGCGAUGGUUUUGUCGAGGAAGAUCCCAUGUCGAUUGCAAAGUUCUUGCGCACCACCGACGCUCUAACCAAAGCUGCCAUAGGAGAGUACCUAGGCGAGGCAGACGCCUUCAACGUAGAUGUCAUGCACGCCUUCAUCGACACUCUCGAUUUUACGGAAAUGGACUUUGUCCCCGCUUUACGGGCCUUCCUGCAGACUUUCCGCCUCCCCGGCGAAGCGCAGAAGAUCGACCGGAUCAUGGAGAAAUUUGCCGACAGAUUCUACGAGAACAACCCGGACAUGUUUGCCAAAGCCGACACGGCGUACACGCUCGCCUUCUCGGUCAUCAUGCUCAACACCGACUUGCACUCGCCCAGUAUCAAGCACCGCAUGACGCCCGAGGGAUUCAUCAAGAACAACCGCGGAAUCAACGAUGAUGGGGACCUGCCUGACGAGCUGCUGACCCGGAUCUACGAGCAGGUGUCGAAGAACGAGAUCAUUAUGGAGGAGGAGCAUGCCGGGCGGUUGGCGCAGAUGGCAGUUGGAUGGGGUGCGGGAGAUUUGGACGAUCGGCAGCGGAUGGAAUUUUUGGCGUUUGAAGGCGCGAAUGAUGAUGAGGAGGCUGGCGACGAGAGCUCUGGAGCAGCAGGGCUGGGUGAACCGAAAGCCUCCGAUUUGGCGUUGGAGGGGUUCUCCUUCUCGAUACGCUUAGCGAGCAUCUUCCGGAUGGAGACGGAGCGAGACGCCUUUGUGACAUCGCUGUCCAAGUUGACGGGCUUAUCCCAUAUCCACGACAUUCGGCCAAAGAAUAUCCGCGCCAUCAAGACGCUGAUUGUCAUUGCCGAUUACCUCGGGGAGUACUUAGAAGGCAGCUGGAUGCAGGUGCUGAAAGCUAUAUCCCACCUCGAGCGCAUGCAGAUCAUCCUGAAUAGGAGCUCGUCAUUCGAUGGGAAGCGCAGUGGGGAUUAUGAUCGGGACGGCGAAGGCGAAGAAGCGGGCGUUAUCCCGUUCAGUGGCAAACCGUCCUCAUCGAACGCGUACCGGACAAUCGAAGACGUAACCAGCCAAGCCCGCCCCAAUCCGGCAGUCGAGAAACUGAUCGCCGAGUUCCACAACCAAGCUACCGUCGUAGCCGUAGACCGCAUCUUCACCAACACUCUGAAACUCUCUGCAACCGCGAUCAUUCACUUCUUCCGUUGCCUCUGCUACGUCUCGAUGGAAGAAGUCGGGUUGGAUCCCGUCACCACCGCCCCCGGAGCGAUCCCCAACCAGGCUGCGGGUGCAGGGACGGGCUCCUCGGCACCGAGGAUGUACCUCUUGCAGAAGAUUGUGGAGAUUGCGUAUUACAAUAUGCCGAGGAUUCGGUUUGAAUGGACGCAGAUUUGGAGGAUUUUGCAGCCGUACUUUAAUACGGUGGCGUGUCAUCCGAAUUUCAAUGUUGCUACGUUUGCGGUGGAUUCGUUAAGGCAGCUGUCUAUGAAGUUCCUCGAAAGGGAGGAACUAGGACACUGGACAGCCCAGAACGAGUUCCUCAAAUCCUUCGAGUGGAUCAUCAAACACAACCCAGACCCGCGUAUCAAAGAGCUCAUCUUAUCCAGCACCCGCCAAAUGAUCCAAGCCCGCGGGAAAUCCCUCCGAUCCGGCUGGAAAUCCAUCUUCGUAGUCCUCUCCAAGGCCGCGCAGAGCGGCGAUGAAAAGAUCCUGCGGCUGUCCGUUAGCGUCGUGCAGAUGAUCUUUUCCGGCUUCUUUGAGUGCGUCGUUGGGAACGCCGGCGCAGGGUUCGUGGACUUUGUCGCCUGCUUGGUGGAGAUUUCGCUGGUUGAGGAGCCGUCGGGUGAGGAGGUUGCUGCGGGGGGUAUCCAACUCCUGCAAGCGGUAGCGAAAUGGCUUUCUGGGUGGAAUGGGGACGUGAAUGUUCCUGGCAGGAGGAAGCCGUCGUUUGCAGAGGCGGAGCUGAAACAUGCCAAUGUGCCCUUGACACCCGGCAAUGCUCCCGCGGCGACACAACGGCACGCUGCGCAACCGUAUUUCUCUGCAAAUGGACUUGUCACCGAGGACCACUUCUUCUUGAAAUGGUUCCCGGUCCUCUCGGCGUUCUCCAGGAUCAUCAUUGACUCAGAGAGCGUCAACGUGCGCACGAAGGCAAUGGACGGUUUGUUCGACACCCUCAAAUCGGCCGGUGCAAUAUUCGAGGUCGGGUACUGGAAGAACAUCCAACGCAGCGUUAUCCUGCCCAUCUUUGCGGAGCUCGGCCGUGGAAGCGAUGACGACGACGACGACGACGACGAGACGCUGGGCGGCGAAAGGCCCACUCGGGUUUCGAUCGCAAAGUCAACGUACAAGGAUCCGGAGAUGACAGCGAUUUACAUUCACGGGUUGCGUCUGUACAUCGAUCUGUUCACGCACUACUUUACGACGUUGACGGCGAACCCGGAUCUUUUACGGAGCGUGUUUGAUUUGUUGGUUGGGAUGCUUACGAAGCGGGAUGAGAAGCUUGCGACCACGGGCGGGAUAUGCCUGCAUGGGUUCAUACGCGACAACAUGAGCUCCAUCGACAAUGAUGUUAUCUGGGGCGUCGUGUCUGAGGCUAUUGAGAAGGCGUUCAGAGGCACAUUGCCUGGUGAGCUGCUGUGUUGCGAGUAUGAAGCGGCUUCGGCACAGUCGGCGACGCCCGCGCCGGUGAAGGAGAAGAGCGAGGUUGCCAAAAUUGGGCUGCGGGCCGCGAGGGAGGCUGUAGGCGAGGGCAAGAAAGUCACGCUCGAUACGCUCGACUUCGAGUAUGUCUUGAUCAAGUGUGUGACGCAUUUGGAGCUGGUGCAGGGCGUUCGUGAUCUGGUGUUUGGAUCGGCAGUUGAGUCUUCACGGAGGGGAACAAGUUCUGCAACAUCGGCAACCUCGCCAUCAGUAAAUCAAACACCGACGCUGUCUCUCAUCCCAGCACCAUAUCGGGCGCGCUGGGUAAAAUGCCUUUACCGAAGCUACGCGGUCGCACGCGCGUUCAACGAAGAAACAGCGCUCCGGCAAGCCAUCUACCGCAAAGGCCUCGUCCCACAAACGCCGCACCUGAUCAAACAAGAAACCGUCAGUUUUGCGACCUACCUCCGCGUCCUCUUUGCGGUGUACAAACUCGACGACACGGCGCGGACGGAGGUUGGGCAGGAACUCGUCAAGGAGACGUUGGAUGUGUUGACGCGGUACACGGAGUUUGUGGCGGAUCAGGGGCGGCAUCAGUUGCAUCUGGGGUUGUGGAGCCCCGUGGUGGUGUUGGUGUUCAAGGAGCUGUUGUCGAUGGAUGAGUUGUGGGUUGGGCCUUUGCAGGAUGGGCGAGGGUCCGCGCCUUCGGCAACGCAUAACGGCAACGUCCCCGCGUACUUCCGGGUAGCAGUUAGGAUCAUGACGGUGGAACGGGCGGAGGUGCGGGCGGUGCUGCAGGAAUUUUUGGAACGGGUUGGGGAUGUGUACAUCCGUGUCUGA